AUGAUGAAUUUCCGCGGCGACGUCCAAAGUCGCCGGAUGCCUUUUUCUUUUUUGCCGACAUCUGUCAUCAUCAGCGUCAACCUCCACAAACGCAUCAUGAAGCUUCACACAAUGGUCACCGCACUAGUAUCAGGAGGCAACCGCGGCCUGGGCUACGGCAUCGUCCGUCGACUCGCCAACGAGUUCCCCUCUUCUCCCAUCGCGACCUCUUCAGCCGACAAGCUCACCAUCUACCUCGGUUCACGAGACGUUUCGAAAGGCGAAGAUGCCAAGACCUCCAUCACGUCUGAACUCGCCAAGGACGUCCAAGAACGUGUCUCGAUCGAAGUCCGUCAACUCGACGCCACCUCUCACGAGUCGAUCUCGAAGCUCGGUGCAGAGCUCGAGUCCGGCGUUGACAUUCUCAUCAACAACGCCGGAAUCGCCUUGGAUGGCUUCGACGCCAGCGUCGCAAAGCAGACGGUCGCGACCAACUACUACGCGCUGCAGGACGUGAUCAAGAACAUCAAGGUCAAAGAUGGUGGUAGGAUCGUCAACAUUGCUUCGCUCACUGGUGUGUUGAAAGGCUUCGGCGACAACGUUCGCGAACGCUUCGUCAACGCCAAGACGAUCGCAGAUUCCGAUGCGCUCAUGCAGGAAUUUCAGGAUGUCGUAGCCGACGGCAGCUGGAAGGACAAAGGCUGGAAAGGCGCUGCAUACGCCACGAGCAAGAGCGGCGUCAUCGCGUACACUAGAGCCUUGGCGAAGCAGUACCAGCAGGAGGGUAAGAAGGUCGAUGUGGUUUCUUGCUGCCCUGGCUACGUCAACACGGACAUGACCAAGGGCAAGGGCUACAAGACGCUCGACCAGGGUGCAGAGACUCCCGUGUUGCUGGCGUUGGGCAAACUCGACGCAAAGCCCGGCGAGUUCUGGUCCGAGAAGAAGAGUGUCGAUUGGGAGAACUCGUAG